UUUUUUUUUUUUUUUACGAGCACCGGGCAACUGGAUAUCGGCACGGCCUGCCUCUCUCUCUGCGCCAGCCACAGGCUCUGCCCCGUCACCGAGGUCCAUUGGAGGAAGCUGUUACCAUACGUCCUGCUCUCCCGUGUCUUCCUCUAUACCAUGAGCUCUGGCUCUGCCCAGGAUGUGGCCGUCGAGCAUUUCCUGCGUGACAUAGAGAGGCGCAGCAAGCGGCUACACUGCGCUGUGAUAGGCUGCGAGGAGGAGCGACCCCGCAGCGACAUGAAUCUGCUGUAUCGCAAGAGCCGAUUGGACUGGAGGCAAAGGGACCAAGAGGGAAGUAAAAAGAGGGGGACAAAAAUAAAGGAUAAUAACAAGUAUCUGGAUUCUUUGGUGGCAAUGGAAAAAAGCUCGAAUCAGAACGACCCCUCAGCCACUGUUGGCAAAGUUAGAGACUUAGCUUCUUUCCGCAGGCACUUCCGGAUGGGUUUCAUGACCAUGCCGGCCUCCCAGGACCUGUCUCCUCACUCUUGUGCCUCCGCCAUGGCGCCGCGCUCGCAGUCCUGCCAUGCUGUAGGUGCUGGGGACACAAGUCUGGAAAAUGGAGACGACCCUGACACCCAAUCCCAACACUGUGGCCGUUGCCCCCCGACCAAACCCAAGCGUCACCCUAGCACUCGCCUCAGCUCUUCUGACGGCAGGGGACUUAUUGACAUGCCGCCGCUUCUCGCGUCCUCUCACUCACAGACCAAACACUCAGAGAAGAAAAAUGCCAUGAAGAAGUCGGACUCUGGAGAGAUCGGAGGAAAGAAGGUGCCUCCUUUAAAGCCCAAGAGGAGUCCUAGCACCCAGCUUACCUUUGAUUCUCUCCCUCCACGCGUGCCUCAUUCUGCCACAUCCUUGCCUUUCCAGGCAGCAGACUCUCAGAUUCAGACAAGGGACGGGGAUGAUGAGCCGGUCUAUAUAGAGAUGGUGGGCCAAGUGUUCACUAGAGACAGCCAGACAGCCACCCCCCACCCUGUCACACCUGUGGCUACCACGCCUGACUCUGACUCAGACCAGAGUGAAGCCAUCUAUGAGGAGAUGAAAUACCCACAGCAGGAGAACAGAGAGUCCCACAGACACCUCCCUCACAAACACGAGAAACUGAAAAACUCUAAACACUUCCAUGUCACCCCUUCGUCCUCGAGCAGCUCCUCCUCUCUGCCACGGCCCUCCUCUUCCUCUCCUUCCUACUCCAAAUCCAAAGCUACCGUGUCAAUAUCCCAUUCGUCUCCUCUGCCUUCCUCUGCAUCCUCCACCCCUGUUCCCCAGGUCCUCUCCACCAGUCCGCACACUCCACGAGCUCCUACUCCAUACCUGCUGCAAGGGACUAAAUCCGAGUCAGAGUCCAACACGAAGAUCCCGGCCCCUUUCCCCAAUCUUCUACAACACCGGCCCCCGCUGCUUGCCUUCCCUCAGCCGGCAGCCGCCUCCAGCGGGGUCGGGGUGCAAAACAAGUCGGCGUCUGCUAAAAUGGGAACUCAAACAUCAAGCGUGACAACUCAAGCCAGCGCCUCCUCCUCAACUUGUUCGAAUGUUCCCUCGUCGCUGUCAGGCUCCAAGGAGUCAGGAGGAAGCUCAUCCCAGCAGGACAAAAACAGCAGGGACGCUCAGUGGGGCCCUGCGCCCGGACUGAGGGCCAGGAGCCACUCCACACCUUUGCCGCCCUCCUCCAAAUCCACCUCCCCUUUCUCCCAUCACCACCACCACCACCCUCACCAUCGGCCCUCGCACUACCACCACUAUCGCAAGCCGGAGAGAGGGGACUCCCCCGCUCCCCUCAAGAGCAGUUCUCAGAACCAGGCCACCGUCCAGACCCAAACCUCAAGUACAGGCAGGGAGGGCAAGUCUGUGAGCUUCCUCUUGAAGUCCGACAAAGGAGAGAGGGAUAAGGACAGAGACAAGGACAGGGACCGAGACAAAGAGCGGGACCGGGACAGAGAUAGGGAUAGGGGUAGAGACAGGGACAGGGAGAAAGACAGGGACAGAGAUAGGGACAAGGACAGGGACAGAGAAAGGGAUCGGGAUAGGGACGGAGGGCCGUACUCCUUACAGUUGGACCACGCCCCCUCCACGUCCAAAAGCAGCAGCAGCUCAACCCCUACACCUUUGUCCUCAUCCCAGCGUCCUCACUCGCGCCCCCAUCUCCGCUCUCACACUCCUCACGGCCUGCCGGCGUACAAGCCUCCCUCCUCGGACAGCCCCCUGUUGUGGACCUACCCUUCCGGGGGCUUCCGGAGACCUCCGGCUUACGAGAGCCUGCGAGGAAGCUCUCAGACACCAUCCCUGCAACAGCCUUCAAGUCUUACUGGUGUAGGCGAGGGUUCAAUCAAGAGCAACGGAGGGUCUUCGUCCCUCCAUUCUAAAGUUGGCUUUAUGCCCUGGGACGACUGUGCCAGCUUAGCCGCAGAUGAGGGAUCUUACUGGCCUAUGCAGAGGAAGUUGUCCUUCAGCCACGGCAGCAGAGAGACAGAGAAGGACGAAGGUCGUGCGUGGAACGGAAGUGCUGAUGCCCUACUGAGGAUGGAUAAGGAGGACCUUGGAAUGGGGUCCCGAGGAGGCCAAUCCGGCAUACCAGUCCACUUCAGCAGUGCCACCAGCAGGGCGCUGGGUCACACUGAGUCCGUGGCUGGUGUAGACAGCAGCCCGGGUUUCAGAGCCCUGCCCAGAGUUGGUCUGCCUCUUCCCUGCCAGACUUUCCCUGCCUGUCGCAACGGAGAAGUGGGGCGGCUGGGCCGCUCCUCCUCUGCUGCUGGAGUGAGACAGGUGGGUGGAGGAGACGUCCAGAGACAGAGCAGCCUCCCAGCGCGAGAAGCCCUGAAUCAGCUGCAUGGUCUGGCCCAGCCUCAAGUGCCCUGCAGCCCCAGCAGUCCCAGUGUGUCUCGGCAGCAGCAGCAGCUUCAGCUCCACCAGCAGCAGCUGCAGUUAAAGCAGCAGCUCCAGCAGCUUCAGCAACAGCACCACCUGCAGUUGCAGUUCCAGCAGCUCGCCCAGCUGGCACAGGGACAGCCUGCUGUCAGCGGGGGCACCACCCUGUCCGCAACGCAGAGCCAGAGAGACGGUAAGCUGCUGGAAGUCAUUGAGCGUAAACGCUGCCUGUGCAAAGAGAUCAAGGCCCACAGGCGCCCUGACAAAAGCCUGUGCAAGCAGGACAGCAUGCCCAUCCUCCCCAGCUGGAGACGGACGCCUGAGCCUCGUAAGACUGGCACGCCACCCUGCCAGAGGCCGCAGGCCGUCGUGUGGGACACAGCUAUCUGAGGUGGGAAGGCAGGCCUGCGAGUACAGGACUGAGGGUGAGAGGAGAUGGAGCGAAGAUGGUUGAACAAUUGAUAAGAGAGAAGAGUAAAAGGGGAUCAGUAACAACCACGGAUGAACGAGAGAGGUUUGCUGUCGUCGUGGGAGCAGCUGAUCCUCGACAUUAAUUGAGGAUAACUGGAAACCCUGAACUCAUUUGGUAAAAAAUAAAUGAAAAAUAAACACAAAAAAAAGACUUUUAAAAGAGGUGAAAAAAGGAGGUAUUACAAUAAGACAAAAUGAAUCUCUUAGCCGGGUGAUUUCUACUUGCUCUGUACUAUGUCCUUCUCAAUGUGUUCUAAUUGCCAAUGAUUUGUCUUGCCACGAAACACCAGUAUUGCCACAAAAUGAAGACGCCGUCAUAAAAAUGGGUGGGAUGUUUAUUGUCAAAUUGAUAUUGCCAAAUUUCCUCAUGACUACUUAGGAUAUUAAGGGAUCAUAUAUUUUCUCCAAAAAAAAGGUUGCCCAACUUGCAUAGAAACUACUUUACAGAUGAGAAGAGACAGGACUCGUUGAUAAGUUAUUGAAGUGUUUCUUGAAAUCGUGAAUGCUUAUGAAAUGUCUUGGUAUCAAUAGAUUGUCAUUGUGGAUGCAAAUAAUCAUCACUGAGGAGUAAAAGCUACCUACUGUAUCUGUUUGCAUAUUUGUAAUGUAAAUCUAUUUACUUUCUCAACGUUUCUGCAAUUUUAUAGCAAUAUGCUCCGGACGCUGGAGCAACAUAAUUAAAAACUUGUGUCAACUAGCCUAACAUACAUAUCCAAGACUUGAAUAAGUCAUAUUUACUGUGUCAGUCUCUGCAUGUCAUAAUAGACAUACAGCAUUGUAAAAUAAUAUGUGUAGAGAUGAUCAUGUCAGACUUUUACAUACAGCAGUUCUUCACUAUGAUAACACGUGGUUGUGUAAAAAGUUGAAUACGUCACUUGGGGGUAUAUCGUUAGAAAAGGCGGUGCAGUCUGGCCAAAUAUAGACCCAGAUCAAUGGUACAAAACGUCAUCACCCAUGCUUGUCCACAGUUGCACAUUAGUGAUCGUUCCACCACACAGAAAAACAAGCAAUGACACCCAUCAACACAGACUGUACAAUAUGGUGCAACUGAUAAGACUGUGAGUAUUGAUCACCUCAAACAGAAUGCUGGAACAAUCUGCACAAAACAUGGUAUACGCUUAGGAGAAAUUAAACCCUAAUGUAUUGUAAAUAGAUAUGUACAACUGUAUUGAAAAUGUAGCAAUUAUUUCCAUUAUCAUACUAAUCAAUACAUAUUAUGUAGCAUAUACUGUAUAAACAUAACUUUGUUCACUUGUUUUUUCUAAAAGAAUUAAGUACUUUAUCUGCUGCAGCCAGUCCAUGCAUUACUUAUAGUUCGACUAAUAAACAGUAAGCCCACUAAAGAAAGGAAUGGUCCAACAGUUGUUCAUUUAAAUGUAUGCAAGACUCCCUUUAAGCUGUGCUAUUGUUUUAUUUAAACCCCUUUUUUCUACACUCAUUUUUAUUUGUGUACAGAUUUCAACAGCUCGUUGUCUUGACAUUUUGAAUACUUUGCUGCUAUCUUGAACUACUGGUGUUGUUCAUUCAACUAAUGACAAACAUUAUUAAUAUAGUGGUUAUUGUUACAUAUUUGUUUUAUUUCUGAAAGCCACGUGAAAUGAAGUUUGUACCUUGAAGAGUGAGCCCUUCUGUAAUAGUAUUAAGACACUUGAAUGUCUCUUGGUUGUUGUCGUUUUAUGAUAGUUAGCACCAAGCUGUACAGUACACCCAGUGAAAAGAAGACCUAUCUACAUGUUUGAGAGUCACUGAUUGGCCUUUUGUUUUAAUUCCCACCUGCUUGUGUUUUAGGGUCCAGGUAUUUCAUGCUUACUGAGUCCAUUUUCAAACAAACACAGGUCAGGGAGAAGGAAAAUGGGCAAGUGCAAUGCAUGCAGAGAUUUCUUACACUAAAAAUGUCCCAAUGGUACUGAGUAAUGUCAAUUCAAUCAACUUACUAUGAUUCCUUUUCACAGACUGAUAUGGAACCCUAGGUAUCAUUUCCAAAGUAGUUUUCAGAAACUGUUGGUUUUGUGUGUCUUCUAAAACAGUGGCCAUUAUAUCAGCGCCAUACUAUAUUGAUAUGGUAAGAUACGGUGUACCUUGGAAAUCACUGUAGUGCUAUAUUUGCAUUGAUAUAUUGUCAUUAAAAAUACAUUUUAUAUAAUGAACUUUACACAA